UUAUUUCCCUCCAAAUCCCUUCGUCUUCCCACCCGCCCCGUCCCUCCGCAGACCCCUCGUUUUCCUUCUCCCGAAGUUCCCUUCGUCCCUGGCUUUCCCCCACGCCCUCCCCCGCCCUCGCCCGGCUCCGGCGCCCCGCCCGCUGGGCUCCCAGCCUCAGUUUCCUUCCCUUCCCGGCUCCUUCCUCCGCCGGCGGCCCUUCCUCGAGGGCGGAUGUGCGCCGGACGGGCGAAGGCGGUGGCGGCGGGUCGAGAGGAUCCCAGCUCUAACCCCGGAGGCCUCGGGCCACAGCCAUGCGACGCCCAGGACGAGGCCUGGGCUGGCCGCCGGGGCCACAGGAGCUCUGGAGCCCCAGGACAAUGGACACGAUCAAUAGGAACCAAGUGGGCCCUGGAAGCAAGACCCCAGCUAUGGUGCAGAAAGGACCCUUGGACCUGAUCGAAACAGGCAAAGGGCUGAAAGUGCAAACGGACAAACCCCAUCUGGUGAGCCUGGGCAGUGGGCGGCUCAGCACGGCCAUCACUCUUCUGCCGCUGGAGGAAGGGAGGACAGUGAUUGGCUCUGCAGCCAGGGACAUCUCACUGCAGGGUCUAGGCCUGGCUCCAGAGCACUGCUACAUCGAGAACCUGCGGGGCACCCUCACCCUCUACCCCUGCGGCAAUGCCUGCACUAUUGAUGGGCUCCUGGUCCGGCAGCCCACCCGACUCACUCAGGGCUGCAUGUUGUGCCUGGGUCAGUCCACCUUCCUCCGCUUUAACCACCCGGCUGAAGCCAAGUGGAUGAAGAGCAUGAUUCCGGCAGGGGGCCGGGCCCCUGGACCCCCCUACAGUCCUGGCCCGGCAGAAUCACAAAGCUUGGUGAACGGGAACCACACCCCACAGCCUGCAACCCAGGGACCCUCAGCCUGUGGCAGCCACAGUUCCCUGGUGAGCUCUAUUGAGAAGGACCUGCAGGAGAUCAUGGACUCACUGGUGCUCGAGGAGCCUGGAGCUGCUGGCAAGAAGCCUGCCGCCACUUCCCCACUGUCACCGAUGGCCAAUGGUGGCCGCUACCUGCUGUCCCCCCCGACCAGCCCUGGCGCCAUGUCCGUGGGCUCCAGCUAUGAGAACACCUCUCCAGCCUUCUCUCCGCUCUCCUCACCAGCCAGCAGUGGGAGCUGUGCCAGCCACUCCCCCAGUGGGCAGGAGCCAGCCCCUUCCAUGCCCCCCCUGGUGCCUGCCCGGUCCUCUAGCUACCAUUUGGCCCUGCAGCCCUCACAGUCCCGACCCAGUGGUGCUCGCCCCUCUGAGAGCCCCCGGCUGGGCAGGAAGGGGGGUCACGAGAGGCCGCCCAGCCCUGGCCUCCGAGGUCUGCGGACAGACAGCCCUGCAGCCACUGUCUUGGCAGUGGCCUGCAGAGCCACCGAGAGCCCCCGGGCGGGGGGGCAGUUGCCCCUGGUGGCGAUUGGCCUGAGUGAAUACCAGGCUUCAGGUGCCCGUGGCCAACCCACCAGCAUUCCUGGCAGCCCCAAGUUCCAGCCACCAGUCCCUGCUCCUCGAAACAAGAUUGGCACGCUCCAGGACCGCCCUCCCAGCCCUUUCCGGGAGCUGCCGGGCACUGAGCGGGUGUUGACAACCAGCCCCUCACGCCAGCUGGUGGGCCGAACAUUUUCCGAUGGGUCCGCUACCCGCACCCUGCAACCUCCCGAGAGCCCCCGCCUAGGCCGGCGGGGCCUGGACAGUAUGAGAGAACUGCCUCCCUUGAGUCCAUCUCUGUCCCGAAGGGCUCUCUCCUCCAUGCCCGCCCGGACCACCCCAGAUCCCAAACUAACCAGGGAAGUGGCAGAGAGUCCCCGACCCCGGCGCUGGGCAGCCCAUGGGGCUUCACCAGAGGACUUCUCUGUGACGCUGGGGGCGCGGGGCCGUAGGACACGGAGCCCCUCACCCACACUAGGGGAGUCCCUGGCACCCCGCAAGGGCAGCUUCAGUGGCAGGCUGAGCCCGGCUUAUAGUCUGGGCUCGUUGACUGGGGCUUCACCCCACCAGAGCCCCCGUGCCCAGAGGAAGCUCUCCAGCGGGGACUUGCGGGUGCCUGUCACUCGGGAGCGGAAAAAUAGCAUCACAGAGAUCAGUGACAACGAGGAUGACCUCCUGGAGUACCACCGGCGGCAGCGCCAAGAGCGGCUUCGGGAGCAGGAGAUGGAGAGGCUGGAACGACAGCGCCUGGAGACCAUCCUGAAUUUAUGCGCCGAGUACAGCCGGGCCGACGGGGGACCUGAGGCCGGGGAGCUGCCCAGCAUCGGGGAGGCCGCCGCAGCCUUGGCUCUGGCCGGCCGGAGGCCCUCACGAGGCCUUGUGGGGGGCACUGGGGCCUCUGCGCGGAGCAACGAGGAGCCUGGAGGUGCCACCCAACGCCUGUGGGAGACUGUGGAGCGCUCGGAUGAGGAGAAUCUCAAGGAGGAGUGCAGUAGCACGGAGAGCACCCAGCAGGAGCACGAAGAUGCACCCAGUGCCAAGCUCCAGGGAGAGGUGCUGGCCCUGGAAGAGGAGCGGGCUCAGGUGCUGGGGCGAGUGGGGCAGCUGAAAGUCCGGGUGAAGGAGUUGGAGCAGCAGCUGCAGGAGUCGGCCCGAGAGGCUGAAAUGGAGCGGGCACUGCUGCAGGGGGAGAGGGAAGCAGAGCGCGCGCUGCUGCAGAAGGAGCAGAAGGCGCUGGACCAGCUGCAGGAGAAGCUGGUGACCUUGGAGACGGGCAUCCAAAAGGAGAGGGACAAGGAGAGGGCGGAGCUGGCCGCGGGACGGAGGCACCUGGAGGCCCGCCAGGCGCUCUACGCCGAGCUCCAGACGCAGCUCGAUAACUGCCCCGAGUCAGUGCGGGAACAGUUACAGGAGCAGCUGAGAAGGGUCAGUUUCACCAGCCCCCGCCCCCUCCCCGCCCCCGAGGGCCGCCCGCCCGGAAGAGAGGAGCGGUGGGCCGGGACCGCCUGGGCCCUGCAGUACCUGCCGGACGACAGGGAGGCAGAAGCCCUGGAGACUGAGACAAAGCUCUUUGAAGACUUGGAGUUCCAGCAGCUGGAGCGGGAGAGCCGCGUGGAGGAGGAGCGCGAGCUGGCUGGCCAAGGGCUGCUCCGGAGCAAGGCCGAGCUGCUCCGGAGCAUCGCCAAGAGGAAGGAGCGCCUGGCGGUCCUGGACAGUCAGGCUGGGCAGAUCCGGUCCCAGGCUGUGCAAGAGUCAGAACGCCUAGCCCGGGAUAAGAAUGCCUCCCUGCAGCUGCUGCAGAAGGAGAAGGAGAAACUGGCUCUGUUGGAAAGAAGAUACCACUCUCUCACAGGGGGCAGGGCUUUCCCGAAGACCACGUCGACCCUCAAAGAGUACGUGACGCUUGAGCAGCUAAAGGCCAUGUGGGGCACCUCGCCUGUGCCCGCAGCACCCGCGCCAGGCCUGCCUCCCUGGGCCCCCGCCUCCCAGGACCUGGUUCCCACCACCUGCCUUCUUCCCGCGCUGCCCUCUUCCUCCUCCUUCGCUUCUAUCCCGCCUUCAGCCCAGAUGGAGAAGCUGCUGCUCCCUGCUGUAGACUUAGAGCAGUGGUACCAGGAGCUGAUGGCCGGGCUGGGGACCGGCCCCGCUGCAGCCUCCCCUCGUUCCUCCCCCCCGCCUCUGCCCGCCAAAGCUUCCCGUCAGCUGCAGGUUUACCGCUCCAAGAUGGAUGGUGAGGCCACUAGCCCCUUGCCCCGGACCCGCAGCGGCCCCCUCCCCUCUUCCUCUGGCUCUUCCUCCUCCUCCUCCCAGCUCAGCGUGGCUACCUUGGGCCGUAGCCCCUCCCCAAAGAGCACUCUACUCGCCCAGAAUGGCACAAGCAGCCUUCCUCGCAACCUGGCAGCCACGCUGCAGGACAUUGAGACCAAGCGCCAGCUGGCCCUCCAGCAGAAGGUCGAGUCGCUUCCUGCCGAGCCCCUCCCAACUGACGACCCAGCAGGGCAGCAGGUGAUUGAGGAGCAGCGGCGGCGGUUGGCUGAGCUGAAGCAGAAGGCGGCGGCCGAGGCGCAGUGCCAGUGGGACGCCCUGCACGGGGCCGUGCCCUUCCCGGCCGGGCCCUCGGGCUUCCCGCAGCUCCUGCAUCACUCCAUCCUGCACCACCUGCCGGUGUCCAGGGAGCGAGGGGAGGAGGGCGAGCAUGCCUACGACACGCUGAGCCUGGAGAGCUCAGACAGCAUGGAGACCAGCAUCUCUACGGGGGGCAACUCGGCCUGCUCCCCCGACACCAUGUCCAGUGCCAGCGGCCUGGAUGUGGGGAAGACGGAAGAAAUGGAGAAGAUGCUGAAAGAAGCCCAUGCGGAGAAGAGCCGGCUCAUGGAGUCGAGGGAGCGGGAGAUGGAGCUGAGGCGGCAGGCCCUGGAGGAGGAGCGGAGGCGGCGGGAGCAGGUGGAACGGAGGCUGCAGGGCGAGAGCACCCGGAGGCAUCAGCUCGUGGAGAAGGAGGUCAAGAUGCGGGAGAAGCAGUUCUCGCAGGCACGACCCCUGACCCGCUACCUGCCGAUCCGGAAGGAGGACUUUGACCUGAAGACCCACAUUGAGUCCUCAGGCCACGGUGUGGAUACCUGCCUGCAUGUGGUGCUCAGCAGCAAGGUCUGCCGUGGCUACUUGGUCAAGAUGGGUGGCAAGAUUAAAUCAUGGAAGAAGCGCUGGUUUGUCUUCGAUCGACUCAAGCGCACCCUUUCCUAUUAUGUGGACAAGCAUGAGACGAAGCUGAAAGGGGUCAUCUAUUUCCAGGCCAUCGAGGAAGUGUACUAUGACCACCUGCGCAGUGCAGCCAAGAAGAGGUUUCUCAGCUUCACUAUGGUGUCUGAGAGCCCAAACCCGGCCCUCACCUUCUGUGUGAAGACCCACGACCGGCUGUACUACAUGGUGGCCCCGUCCGCAGAGGCCAUGCGCAUCUGGAUGGAUGUCAUCGUCACCGGGGCGGAGGGCUACACCCAGUUCAUGAACUGACCGAAUGGGCCUCGUGGACCCUCAGGCCGGCCCAGGACCCAGGCCCAACUGCCUGCUGCUCCACUCGCCCCUGGAGACAGUCACGCCCUGGGCCUCAGGCCUCACACAAGUGCUCCCAGAGGCCCUGGAGGGCGGAGCAUGACUGGGGUUUUGUACAAGAAGUGACUUUGUAAUGUUCUGUAAGGAGCUCGUCCUGUGAGUUUCUGAGCUCCGGCCCCCUAAAGAACCAGCCAGGAGAUAAAAGUUGGGGAGGGGGCUUUGCUGCCUCCUGGGAGCCCAGAACUUGCAAUAACCCUUCAGGGUCCUGCCCCAGGCCCAGCCAGGCUGAGGAGCUGUCACAGAGGGGCCCCUCCGCUCUGACCUGGCACCUGUGCUCCCCAGCCUGUGUUCUCUUUUGUAAAGGACUAAUUAUGGUACCAGAAGCUGCCAAAGAUCCCCUCUUGCCUCAGCCCCCUUUGCAGGGGCCUUGGGGGCUGAGCAGAGCCACAUUCAGAGUGGGGUAACAGCUCAGGCGGUGUACUUCUCAAACCCUGCUCUACCCCGUUGUUGUCCUGCGUUUAUAUUUUUUAUUACUUUGCUGAAGGGCCAGAGACCGGAAGUGUCAUCCUUGAGGUCCCAGCUCUAUCACCUUUUUACAGACCCAUCACCAUGGUCACCACAGUGACGGCUUCAUCGCCAUGGUUACAUACUAAUUGCCGUGGCUCCGUGGCUCAGCCCACUGCUUCGGCGGUGGGCCCGUCUGAGGAUAUGUGCCAUGUUCUCUCCAGCCCAGGCCCUUGGGCAUCUCCUGCGGGGGGGAAGGGACUGAACACCUUCUCCCUGCCCCCUGCCUGCGUCUCCAGGCCCUGAUACACAGCCUGCUGGCUCCCCUGUCCAGCCCUCCCCCUUCCACUCGUGCCUUGCUGAGAGCCAGAAGGGGUGAAGCUGGGAACUAUAGACCAGAGGAGGAGCCAUUGGAUGGGAGAAGAAGCUAGAAGGCUGUCUUUGGGGUUCUGUUAUAGGGCUGAGUUUCUGACACAGGGUUGUUCAGAUUCUCCCUGAUGGAAGUCCUGAGCAGGAGAGGAAGCAGCAGAGGGGGGUGCCCUGAGGUCUGGUUGCCCUCCCUGCAGCCUCAGAAGGGGGAUGAAAUGGAGAGCAGAGGACCAGGCCUCCAGCUGUCUGUGCUCAGCCCUUUCCGCCUUAACACUAAGCCCACCUCCCUGUCCCCCUUCCCAGCCCUGGGCCAUGGUUGCUGGGUCCAGGCUGGAUGUUUUUCAGUAUUUGUAAGCAUCUCAGCAGAACAAUAAAGCAUUUGGACUAUG